GCACAUGGUCCAACCUGUUACCUAAUGAGACCAGCGCCACUUAGCCAUUCGCGCCCUCUAAUGAGAACACUGGCCUAGGAGGAAAGGGCAGACCCCCAAGCCACGUACCACACACGGCCUGAGCCACCCCAAGAAGUCGGGACCCUCUCACGGCGAACCCUCCACACACUCUUCAAGCGACGCACAGCAGCACCAACAGUUGAAAUGAAAGUUCUAAUCUCUCCCCUCCUGUUGCUGCCACUGAUGCUGACGUCCGCGGUCCACAGCAGCUCAAAUACAGGGAUCGCCAGAGGCCACAGGGACCAACACCAGGCUUCGGGGACGUGGCUCCAGGAAGGAGGCCAAGAAUGUGAGUGCAAAGAUUGGUUCCUGAGAGCCCCUAAAAGAAAACUCAUGACAGUGCCCAGGCUGCCAAAGAAGCCAUGUCCCUGUGAUCACUUCAAGGGCAGAGUGAAGAAAACCAGACACCAAAGACACCACAAGAAGUCAACCAAGCCCUCCAGAACCUGCCAGCAAUUUCUCAGACGAUGUCAGCUGGCAAGCUUUGCUCUGCCCUUUUAGGAGCUCUGAGAGCCCACCCUCCCAAUGAAACAUUCCCAGUCAACAAGACAGUGAGCGCACCUUAAAAUGCUCUUCUCCCACCUCAAGCUCCCCAUCCCGCUCCCCACUCCCUAAAUCAUUCCAGUGUUCUCAAAAGGCAUGUCCCCCAAGAUUAUUGCCCCCUCUAGUGCCUUCCUCUCUUAUCAGUCUUUUCCUGGGGCCUCCCCUUACCCAGGCUUAAACUUACUUACCUGAAAGAAAUCAGGAAUCUCUGGUUGCCUAGCUGGUCCCACCUGAUCUUAAAUACACCCAAGCAAGUAGAAAACAAAAGUCAAUAAAUAUAGUUAAAUGUAAUAAGUCAAAAUCACUUUUAAAUGGGGUCUAGAAACACAUUUGAUCCAGACAGCCCACUUUACCUUGUUCAUUCCAAACUCAAUCCAGAUUAUACACACAC